AUCCACUCUAUAAUGGCCGUAUCAGUCGUUCCGAUCACUCCGACUAUCCAUCCUCUCUCCGGUCCGAAGCUGUAUGGAUCGGAGAACACAACAUAUAUAUGUCAAAUUUUGACCGGGUCCCACGAGUCAUUGAUGAACAACAUUACAAUUCAUCAAUAGCUAUUACACUAUGACUAGGUCAACAGUAUCUUCCGUCCACUCUACCACACAACCAUCUUCUUUACGUUCUACCGUAUCAUCCAACCGCAAUGGCAAACCACAGUCCAAGUCAAUGAAACACCAUUUCAGCACGGAAAGCAAAGAUUUCUCUGGCUCAUCCCUCAAAAAGCUGGGCUCCCGACUGCAUGGACGGAAGGUCAUCCCUCUCGGAACUGGGAGACCAACCGCCGACUUUUACCCUUGGGAGUUUCUGACAAUUCGAGGAAUGGUACCUCAUCCACCAGCAUCUAGUGCUACCGGUUUAGACACGGCGGAGUACACCAUUACGAAGCACGAUAGCACAUAUAACCUAUCCAACGGGUUGAACUAUGGACCGACGGUGGGGUCACCAUCCCUUGUUCGGUUUUUGACAGAGCAUGUAGAGAUUAUGCAUCGUCCGCCCUAUGCAGACUGGAGCGUCAAGAUUGCGUUCCGUAUUUUCUGCAAUCGUGGAGAUACAGUCCUGGCUGAACGAUUCACCUAUCCCGGAGCGAUUGAAGGGGCAAAAUUAUUAGGGUUGGCUUUUGAGGGCGUGGAAAUGGAUGUGGAAGGCCUUCAACCGGAGGCUCUGCAAAGGAUUCUGCGGCAGUGGGAUCUAUCGCGAGGGCCCAAGCCUCAUGUGCUGUACACCAUUCCCACGGGCCAGAAUCCCACUGGAGCCACGCAAUCGACAGAGAGACGGCAAGCCAUUUACGACAUUGCUGAAGAACAUGACCUGAUCAUUAUUGAAGACGACCCGUACUACUUCCUUCGUAUGGGUGCCUACCAAUCUAAUCAAGAAAGUACAGCGGAAACCUCUGAUCUGCCAUCCUGCCUCUCGCUCGAUCGAUCAGGUCGUGUCGUCCGUCUUGAUUCAGCGGCUAAGAUCUUAGCCCCUGGUCUCCGGGCUGGCUGGGUGACCGCGAGUGCGCAGAUCAUAGAGAAAUUUGUGGCUUAUCAAGAGAUCACUACAGUGGAAGUGAAUGGCCCAUCGCAGUUAAUGCUGUGGUCCCUGCUUGGCCAGACAUGGGGCCAUCAAGGCUUUACCUCUUGGUUGAACCACAUAUCGUCGGCAUAUCGCACCCGGCGGGAUGCUCUACUGCGUGCUUGUGAUCAAUACCUACCUCGAGAUAUCUGUACCUGGGACCCACCGGAGUAUGGGAUGUUCUUGUGGCUGCGCCUGAACUGGGCGAAGCAUCCUUUAUUCAGGAACAACAUGGAACCGGUGGAGAGCGAGGAUUUAUUGUCUGAGAUUGCUGAAAAAAUUAACAACAAUGCAGUAGAGAAUGGGGUACAGGUUACAAAGGGAUUACUUUUCGCUCCUAAUCAGAAACCGAAUGGCGAACUGCAGUUUCGGUUGACCUUUGCCGCUGCUCCUGCAGAAGAAUUCGAGCAGGCUGUAAAGGCUUUGGGGGAUGCUGUGAGACAAGAGUUUUCGGCUAUCUGCGACUAG